CACACACACACACACACACACACACACACACACACACACACACACACACACACACGUACACACACGCAGACGCACACACACGCAAGCAGGGCCGGGUGUUAGGGGGCAGGAGGCGCGCUCCGACGACGACCAGGCGGCAUGGGGAUGGGGAUGAGGGUGCUCGUGUUUUUGAGCUUGGUUCAGAUGGCUGUGCUGGUGCCGAGUUUGGGGCCCUCGACGACGCUGGAUGUGGUGGAGAGUACCACAACGCUUGUGCUUCAGGAGAGCAGCAAGCCGGAACAUGAGACGAGCUCGGUCAUGCCUACCAAGACCAGCACCACCGAGACCAUCCCUACCCAACACAGCACUGAGACCAGCACCGACUUGACGGUUGCGGAGCAACAAACCAGCGGCAAGACCGAGCCACCGCUUGCUGGCUCCACCUUUGCGCCCGUCGCUGCCCAAACCAUCGGCACCAAAGAUGAAGAAACGAUGACGGCUGGUGUGCGCAACGAGGAUCGACUGCGUGACAUGUUGGGCAGCAAGUUUCAGACUGGACUCCUUUUGGUGGUAUGCUUGCCGCAACCCACACUACAGCCUGGGUCCCGGAGACCCUCAGUUGGGCCGCACCGCCUUGCCUCCAUAAUGCUGGCCCUUCUCACCUCAGCCACCUCGUUCUCGUGGUGCUCGCAGACCACCUUGGCCUGUGUGGCAGUCAUUGCCUUUAUGGUCAUCCAAUGGCGCCGUGUUCGAGGUUUUCGCUCUUACCGCUUUGUGCAAGGCAGCGACAUUGAAAGCAUCGAGCUUCCCGUCAUCAACUCCAGCGACCAGGAAGACGACGAUGAUGACACCCACCACAGCAUGUACAUGCGCUGA